UCCAAAAAAAUUGAUACUAUCACUUUUUCACUUGAUGGCUGCACCUUUGCCUUCUUUUGAUGUUGGAGACGAGGGCGAUUUCUACUGCAUUGAUGUGCAUUUUGACUCAGGAUUGUAGUGGUGGUCCCAUGUCCCAUCCAUCAUUACAGGUCUUUCAAAAAAUUAAAUUUCAUCCUUUUCACACAGGUCGAGCAAUUCUUGACAACAAUCCACACGUUGCACUUUUGAGGAGGAGUCAACGAACGUGGGACUCAUCUCACAGAAACCUUGACAAAAUAAAAGAAAAGACUAUGGCUUCUGAGGCAUCGGCAAUAUCUCUGUCCGAUUCAGACGAGGAGGAGGAGGAUGCCAAUUUACCGUCCCGAGAGGAAUGUGAACAGAGAUGUCAAUCAUUUUGUGAAGUCACCGGUGCUGACUCAGCAUUGGCCAUGUAUUAUUUACAGAACAGAAAGUGGAAUCUUGAGGCUGCAGUGAGUGAUUUCUUCCCCGAAGCAGAUGGAGGACAAUUACCGAAACCCAUGUCUUCAACUACCUCUGAGGCGUCGAAAAAUUCGGUAUCACGACCAAAGUCAAAAAGUGAUUCUGCGGACCAGGCAAAGGCUGGGUCGAGUAGCAGUACGGAAAAAUGUCUCACUUUAGCCCCACCAGUCCUACAGCCUAAACAUGAGAACACCAUCAAAGUUUUGUCAUGGAACAUUGAUGGACUUGACCCUGAUAAUUUGCAGUCCAGAACAGAAGGUGCAUGCAGUGUGUUGACUCAGGAAAAUGCUGAAGUUAUAUUUCUGCAAGAAGUUGUUGAGAGAAGCCUGAGUAUUAUCCGCAAUAGAUGUUCCAACUAUCAGGUCUUUGUGGGAGUGGAGGGUGAUGUAAUAAUGCCGAAUGCAUACUUCACAGCAGUGUUGCUGAGGAAGGACUGUACAAAUGUACAUUAUGUGAACAUCGCCGACUUCCCUGGCAGUCUCAUGACUCGCAAUUUGCUGGAAGUUAAGGCGGAUGUGAAGAACGUGCCCAUGGUUCUCCUCACUAGUCACUUGGAAAGCACGGCGGAAUACAGCGCGGAGAGGAAGAAGCAGCUGAAGAUGGCGUUUGGCAGAGUUGUGUCCCUUCCUCAAGACUGCACUGUCGUCUUUGGAGGGGACUUGAACUUGAGAGAGAAAGAGCUUGCAGGAGACAGCGCGAAACCUCUCGGCGUCUACGACUUGUGGGAGUGCACGGGGAAGCGGCCGGAAGCCAAACACACGUGGGAUUUGAUGAGAAAUGACAACAAGCAGCUAGGGGGGAAAUUUCAGCCCAGAUGUCGGUUCGACCGUCUUUACGCACGGCACAGUAAACCCGUCAGCCUGAAACCUGUCUAUUUUGAACUGGUGGGCAUUCAGAGGUUGGCUUCGUGUCGCAGAUAUCCGAGCGAUCAUUGGGGGAUCCUUGCUCACUUCAACAUCCAGGGUACAGCAAAGGCAUGAUGGGAAAUUCAGUAGCUGGGAGAACAAAGAAGAGUUCUUGUUAAAGUCACCUUGAUCUAUUUUGAUUCAUGAGAGUAAAGUGAUGUACAAUGGUUACAUUGCUAAAGUUUCUUUUAAUUAAUUAAUCCUCUGUGUUAGAACUGACUGAACACUAAUGCGAGGAACUGUUCAAAUGUAAAUACAGUGGAAACCAUAUACAACAGGCCCGGUAAUAUCAGGGAUCUGGUAAUAACAGGGAUUUUUUAAAUCCCUGUUUUUUCCUACUCUUUGUCUCUGUUAAAAGUUAUCUGCAAUAACAGGGCCUUAUCGGAGCCCAAUCCGUUAUAGCAGGGACAAAGGCUCCUUAACAAUGUGUAAAAAGUAAGAGAGAGAGAGAGAGAGAGGAACACGCAGCGGGUGUAGCGAGAGAGGGCUGCUGUGUGCUACAGACUUUGAUCUAGUCCUAACAGGGCUCCCCUUUUCAGGCCAGCUUAAGAGGUUCCUUCACCAUUUGGUUUUCUAUCUUAAGGGGUAUUUAAACCCUUGUUUCAGAAACUUAAAGGGUAGUUGUUUUUUUUGUUCAUGGCUGACCGACUUAUCAACAAAAGUCAAUUAUCUCCUAAUUUUAUUGUAAGCAUGUAAACAUUUAACUCACACACACCCACACCCACACACACACAGAGAAAGAGAGAGAGUGACCGUGACUAUGAUUGAAUGCUAAUGAUUUUUAAUUAACUGUAAGGUUUCAUCGUAACAACAACAACAACAACAAAGAAAGGAGUAAUAUUAACUAGAAUUAGAGUUAUUUCCACUUGGAGGGGGGUGGGGUGGUAGGGCCAAUCAAAAAUAAAAUAAAGUUGACGAAUCAAAAGGGGUCAAUUCCGACUAAUAUAAAGAAACUAGACUGAUUUAUUAUUUUUCGGAGAAAUCCCAGGGUUCACUUUCCUGUCUUUCCAGACUUUCGAUUUUUUUCUUUCGUGAAAAUGUCACAAGCCUCCUGGAUCGCUUCCGUUUCAUCAAACGAAAAUGCCUCAUGCCUACUUUCGUGCCAAAUUAUUAGUUUGUUGUUAACGGCCUCUGUGGUCAGUGAACUGCGGAGUGCUGUGUGAGCGCGAUUCUGAGAUGAAAAACCACGCUCACAUGGCACAGAAGUAAGGGGGAUGGAGAGUGAGAGUCCAGCAAGUUUUGUGAAAGCAGGGAAAGAGUCUGGAUGCUGCAGCAGCUGCUUGCACAUUUCUGAAAGAGACUUGUUCCUGUGGUGGGUCAAGUAGAACUUUGACUGAAGGUAGGACUGUCCGACUUCUCCAACAUCCAUGUCGAAAGGUGGUCCCCCAUAUCUGUUUAUGAGUCGGUCCAGAGAGUCUCUACCAUGCUCAGGCUGUCCUUCAUUUCUAAGAUGGAGUUUCUGUGGAUCAAGGACAAUGGCAAGAUCUUUGCUGACUUCCAUAUCUUCAUUGGGAAAGCGUUUGGAAAUCUCUUCAUUCACAUUUGUGACUUAUUUCUUGCGCAAAUUUUUCAGCUGCUCCUUGUCUCGUUCACCUGCUUGCAUCUGAAUACCUUGGUAUUCCCCGUGCUGUAGCUGAGUGAGAAGGUCUGCUGUGUGGCUGCCUGGAUUGUCCGGCAGAGCAUUGAGUGUCAACUGUGUAGCAGCAAGCAUGUCUUGCAUUUUGGCAACAUCCAGAACAUCGCUCUGAAAGGUCCUGCUUCAUGAGCAUAUGGCUUCCAAAGCAUCAGCUAACUUGCAGACGGCUGAAAUGAAUCGGAAUGUUUUGACAACUCCGAGGAUGCCCUUGGCUUGAGCUGCUCCAUCAGAGUUGAUUGCUGCUACUUCUUGGUCCCACCAAUUUUGUAGCAAUUCACAACUGCUCGGGACUCAAAUCGACAAGAAUGUCUCGUCUCAGUAGGUGCGAUAGGCCUACAUUUCAUUACACACUAAUCCAAAGGUUUCAAACUGCAGACGGGUCUGUCCCGGGACGAACUGUCGUAGUGCGGUAGAGGCUUUAAACUAAACUGAGUUUACAUCGAAAAAAAAAGGGGAGGGGGUGGGGUUCUGGUGAGGUGCCGCUAUAGUCAUGUUCUGCUGUAUAGCAGACAAACGAAACAGAAAGAGACAGAGUACACCUGAGCCUUGAUGUUGUUGUUGUUGUUAUCGAUCCAGCAACAGCUGGGCUCUCGCGCUUCUGUCCAAUGCCACGUAGUGAUGAGUGCAGGUUUGCUGCAACCUGAGCCUUGAUCAAAGCAGAGAACUUCGUGUGUGGGAGGUCAUUGGCAGCAAAGACCAACGCUGUCCCGAUCUGAUCGAAAUGUGCAGUUGCGCUAAUUUCAACAGCCUUGGAUACCCAUGCUCUCAUAUCGGUGCGCAGGUCCUCUGUCUUUCCCUCACAACGGUGGUCCUGUGACUGCUCGUGUCGUAUUGGUGCUGAUCUUUGCAAGUUUGACGCACCAAGGACAAAUUUAUUUUUUGUCAUGUUUUUCUAUGCCAACUUCAUGUUUGCCGAAGUGCACCCGCUGUAAUGCAUUGUCUUCUCUUCAUUGUAGCUAAGCCAAUUGAACUCCUUCAGCCAAGCAGAACGAAAAACAUCGUGGCUAGUUGAUUUUCUUUUUGUUGCUUCUUCAACUUCUUCGUCCGGCUUCGCUUUUUUUGAUUCCGAACAAUCGCUGCGAUCUGUGUCACUUUCUUUUCUUCGCUUUACCCACGAAUCAAGAGUGGAGCUCGCCAUCUUUGAUUCAGUCAGCUCUAUUAUUAUUAUUUUUUUAGCAUUCCUUUAGCGGUGUGGUACUUUGACUAUUACCCCUGUCGUGAGGUUGCUCACAUCCUUCUAUAAGACUAUGGGGGUAAUCUUACAGCAGGGGUAAACUCAAGGCACGACACCGGCGAAUGCGAGCGACAACAAUGUGAGCGGAGCUCUUCUUGAAGCAAGCCGGUGUCGCUGGAAACUGCGUGCAGCUGAUAAGUAGGUCGACUGCUUCCGUCACAGACAAAAGGUGACUGCUGUGUGUGUGUGGGUGUGUGUGUGUGUGUUGUCAAAUCAUUGACUUGGCUUCGAGAUGGAGAAUUGGGAAAAUGAUGCUUGCCAGACGCACACCACCUACGUUUUAAAGCGUAUGCAAACCCCCGAAACGAAAUUUUAAAGAGUAAAGCUCACGCACCACCAAAACUUUAAGGGGGUAAUCUGCAGGUUUAAUGCGUAAUAUACGCAGGGGAGCCCUGUCCUAUGCCUAGGUACACGCUUGUGUAAUGUGCCAUGCGCAGGCCAUGGGAAACUACCCAUGAAGAAAUACAGCUGAACUAGUCCACAAAUGCUUACUUCCCUUGCAUUUCUGAUUUAACAGA